GAGGAUCCUCCGCCUGCUCCGCCUCGCGCGGGCGGUCCGGCUGCGGCCGGAGUUCAAGGAGAUGUGGUCGCUGCUGAAGGGGGUGGCCGAGAGCGGGGAGACGCUGUUCUGGACCUACGUCAUGAUCGGCUGUGUCCUGUACUUCUUCGCGAUUAUGGCCACUUCCCUCAUAGGCAAGUCGGACACCUUCCGGGACGACGAGCUGGCGCAGGAAGUGCGGCUGCGCCUGGAGGGGUGCGAAGGGCUCGCCUCCCGCGUCCUGGGCAGCAUGCAGGCAGAGGUCCUCGCCGUCGCUCCUGGACCACCACGGGCCGCUCCUCGAGCUGCACUCCGGCGCAGCGCCUCGCGCCUCGCUGGUCCCGAGGUGGCCGUCGAAGAGGCCGUCUGGGACGAGAAGGCAGCUGUCCUCGGGAAGGAGUCGAGAGCCCCAGGAACGGCGUGCUCGAGGGUCCGGGGGGGGGUGACUCCGGAAGAGUGGUGGAG